CUACAUGGACUUUUAGGCAACCAAUAGAUUAUAGUCCAACUAACAAAUUUUCUUUACUUUUAAAAUAAUUAUACUCUAAACAAAUUGAAUCGUACAAUUAAAAAUGCAUAAAUAAAGCCAAAUAACAAAACACCAAACCCUUUAAAAACUUGUUGAUUUAAGCAGUAUCAAUUUAACGCAUUGUGGAAUACACUUCCUCAUAACUUACCUUACUAUCGAACUCAAAAUCCUAAAAUUCACAGACUAGGUCACGGUUUUCAACACCUAAAGUUACAAUUGAAGAAGAGUGUUUGAUCCACUACAAGUAUGACCAAUGGCAACUCCUAGCAUGACGCCAUUGGCCCCCGAUUUUGAGGGAUGGUUGCUACAGUAUCACUCUAUAUAUCAUGACAAUAUGACAGUAAUAAUGCUACGGCCAUCACAUGUUUUAGAGGAAUAAUUUUUUCUCAAAAUAUAACAAAAUAUAUAUUAUUAUUUAUAUCAAUUUUAAUGUGUUCUUUCUAGUUUCCAUGCCAAAAAUUAAAUUUCGAGUUGAAACAAAUGAGAUUUAAACAUAUUAAGAAGAUAUGAGAAUAUAAAAAAUAAGUUUUGAGUGGUCAAAAAUAUCUUCAAAAUAAGGCUUAGAACGUUAGUUAAUUAAAAUGUAGCCUUAUUUUCUUUACAUUUCCAUUUCCAUUACCUCUUGCCUUUUUUUUUUCUCUAUCUUUUUCAUUGGUAAGCAUUUAUGAUGUUGACUUAUGCCCUUUUCUUGUCCGUUUCAUGCAAAAAAAAAUUCCCACAGAUAUUAAGAAAAUAAGAGAAUAUAAAAAGUGAAUUUUGACUGGUAAAAAAUAUAUUAAAAAAAAAGGCUUAAAACGUCUCUUAAUUAUGAUAUAGCCUUAUUUUCCUUACUUUUAUAUUUUCUCUUGCCUUUGUUCUUUCUCUAUCUUUUUCAUUGGUAAGCAGUUAUGAUGUUGACUAUGUCUUUUUCUUGUCCGUUUCAUGCAAAAAUUUCUUCUGACACAUUAAGAAAAUAUGAGAAUAUAUAGUGAAUUUUGACUAGUCAAAAAUAUCUUAAAAGAUAAAGGCUGAUGCAGCCUUAAUUUUUUUUUUUUACUUUUCCAUUAUCUCUUGCCUUUUUAUUGGUAAGCAGUUAUGAUGUUGGCUUAAGUCCUUUUUUUGUCCGUUUCAAGCAAAAACUUUCUUCUGACGCGUUGAAUCGUACAAUACUGUUUUCUUAUAGAUAGCACAACUAAACGCAAAGACAAUCAAAUAACUGAGAAAACAUAAAACUAAAAUAUAGAACUACCUCUCUCCUCUUCGGUUUUCCAAAGACAUGGCUAAGUCUUCAGUACUAUGCUUCUUGUUCUUCCUUCUGGUCAUCUCCUCCUCGGGUGGUGCAAAGAUUGUAGCGGAAGCUAAAGACUGUGGAGCGACAUGGGAUUGCACCACUGAAGAACGUUGUUGGGAUGACUGCAGGAGUCGCUACGACGGAAAAGGACAUUGUGACUACCGCACUCAUCCUUUUGUUCCUAGGCAGUGUAAUUGUUCUUAUAAAUGUUGAAGGGGAGAAAUAAUAUCCAUUAUCGAUAAGUUUUACCAAUAAGACAAAUGUCAUUAGUAAUAAUAUAUAUGGUAACUGGUAAUACCAAUGUGUAUGCCUGUGUUAUGGUUUUAUCACAAACCUUUUCUUCAACUCUUCCCGAAGAGUUACGACAUUCUCAUGUUGCAUCCCACUUCUCUUUAUCUCUUCUCAAUGGAGUUCAGAAUCCAACACAAAAAAGAGUGGAACAAGCAUCCCACGAACCAUAAUUAGGGUCACCGAGAUCUGCAAUAGGGAUGGAUCCAUCGAUAAACCCAAUCUUAUGUUUAGUUUUCAAAGUCAUUCUAAUUGCUCGCUGCCACAUCUGGUACUCUAUACUAUCUGAUUACCAAACAACAUAUCUUGACGCCUAUUUGUUGUUAUUUUUGUUGUUGUUAGAUUGUGCUUGAUUGCAAUUCAUGAGUACGAAAUUUUAUGGCACCUGCACUCAAGGGAAUUCCAUUAGUAGAUCGAGGUGGUGGAGUUGUUAUCAUCGAGGUCACUGGAUUUGUUCCAAAUUUGAUACAAUAUAGAGAAGCUUUGAGAGCUAGGAUUAUGAGAAGGAAGAAGAAGGUUGGAUUUUUCUCACUCGGCUAUGAGCUGGCCCUCUUUUAUUCUUCUACUAUGCUUAUGCCAUGUGUAAGCAGAUCAUCAGCAGUAACAGUAGCAAGUACAUAGGUGUGAGCGGAGCGAGGAAUUGAAGGCAAGGUGAGGUACUGUCUUCAACUAUUCAGUGCUUGGAUGACUACUCGGGAUUUUCGUCAGUGAUCCACACCUUUUUGUGAAAAAUGUUUUGAGAAUAUUUUUCAUGUGCAUACUAACUCUUGAUGUAGUGUGAGCUAUCCACAGGUGUGGAAAGUUGAUGAUAUGUGUAUAUAUGCGUGGUCGUGUAACUUGUGAAGAUUAUGGCAUGUAAAAGUAUGGUAUGCAGUUACGGAGUAUGAAAUUGUGACUAUGACUAUGAAAAGCCAAUGUAUAUGUUAUUGGGUAUAUAUGUAUGUCUACAAAUGCAGUGAUUCAGAUAAAAUAUUUUGCAGGUUUAGUUGCAAGAACUGUUAGCCCAAUAAGCGAGUAAUUCUUAUCGAAUUUUAAUUUGAAUAAAUUUUGAGAAUUAUUGUAAUACCCAAGUUAAAUUCCGCUCAAUUGCAUGCACAAAUUGAUUAGAUAAUACUUACAGGAUAUGGUGUUACACACGGAUUGAUGAUGUAUCACGAGUUUAUUAUUUUAAUUACUAUUGUUAUUUGAGGAUAUUCAAUGAAAUUUUAGAGCAUUUGGGGAUUAUUGAAAAUAUUAGGGAGAUAUGUGAUUAUUAUAGUAGUUGAUAUAUAGGAGCGGGAGACUAUAAGUCUACCUUGAUUGUCAUUUUGGAGUAAUUAAAAAAUAAACAGCCAAAUUAAUCAACGUCCCAAUUUCCCUCUCUCUAUCUCACGUCCAAACCUCCUCUCUCUCCCUUCUGUUCAUCCACCACAAACACCAACCCACCCACAAUUCCCAUCAUCACACGUCCAUAUCAUAGCCAAAAAGGAAUGUAGGAAGAAUCAUACAUUUUGCAGGAAGUACAGAUGAUGUAGAGCAUGGUUGGGUUGCACUAAGGUCUGAAUUGGCUGGUGAGUUUACCUUUGUUUCGAUGUCCAUCAUGGAGGAACAAGAAGAGCCAACAGGACUGCAAAGUGUUGUUUGCACUUUAGGAAGAAAGUUACAAAACAGUA